AUGCCUCCAGCCGCAUCCUCCAUUCCGCACUCCCCCAGCCGCAUUCCAAGGGGCAGCAUUCCCCCUCACGCCAGCCCCCUUCCGCAUUCCCCGUUCCGCAUUCCCCCUUCCGCAUCCCCCUUCCGCCUUCCUCCUUCCGCAUCCCCUCUUCCGCACUCCCCCUUACGCAAGCACCCUUCCGCAAUACCCCUUCCGCAUUCCACCUGCCAUAUUCCUUCCUGCCGCACCCCCCUUGCCUCAUUCCCCCUCCCGCCAGCCCCCUUCCGCAUUCCCCCUUCAGCACGUCCCCUUACGCAAGGGGUGGAGGUGGACCUCUCAUACGCUCUCUACCUCCCCCUUUCUAUCAAACUCCCCCGUGCUCCCCCUUACAUUCACCCUCCCUCGAACUCCCCAUUCAUUCUCUCCGCCAUGCGCACUCCCUUACUUUCGGCUCGCAUUGAGCUCCCCCCAUAA